AUGGAAUUGGAUGACGAUCUCAACCCAGCCUCUCCACAUUCACUCAAAUCCAAGAUCAAAGACUCGCUCUGCUUCUACUGCUGCUUCCGCCGCCACCACCACGGCCAUCGCCAGGUUCUAGACUCUCCAACGGGACCGCCAACACCUCCUCUGCCGUCAGAUGACAAGCCCACUUUGCUCUGGCUGAAAACAAGGAAGGCCCAUGAUUUGAAAGACGAUAUAAAGGACAAGUGCAUGAUGGUUUUCGGCCGCGUUGGAAAUGGAAUCAACAGGCAUCAUAAAAGACACCCGUCUGCUGAGUUCAGAUACGACCCGCUGAGUUAUUCGCUGAAUUUCGCAGAUGGGUUCGACGAGGACGAUGAAUAUCCGUUGAGGAAUUUCUCCGCCAGGCUUCCUCCUUCCCAGCCUGUUGAAGCCUUGCCUGCUGUAAGAGAAAUCGCAGCUAUUAGCUGCAGAUGA